CUCGGCAAAAUCUGAAAGGAGGAGAGCAAGUGUUAGGAAUGUUCAAUUUCUAUUAAUGAUGAUAUGCAGAUAUUUAUUGAACUACAAAUAAACAUUCCAUUCAAAUAGAGCACAAAAGCAACUGCGACGUCAACGGCAGUCAGUCGGCCUUUGAGCUGAUAAGCGUGUGAAAUACGACCACCUAAAACGCUGUCAAUCAUAUUCUUAUUAAGAUGUUAUUUUUUGUUUGGGUUUUUUGUUGUUUUUUUUUUUUUGUUUUAGUUUUUUUCAUUCAAUUUGUGCGCAAUUCGCAAACACAGCAACAAUAAAUAAUUCAUUCUCGGAAAUGGCGUGUGACUGGCUGAAAAUGCUUAUCACUUGUUUUGUGUUUGUUUUUGUUAUUUGACUUUGCUUAGACUCUUUUUUGACCGAAAAGCUUUCGUUCGCUCUUGCGGUAAAUGCGCGAAAAUAAGUAGGCAAAGAAGAAGAAGAAAUACAACAAGUGGGCGAUUUUUUGUGUGUGAAUGAUAUCGAUAUACAUACAUUUAAAUAUGCUACAACCGGUUAGCCAAUUUCGAUAUACAUGAAUAUAUGCAUACAUACAUAUGGUAUUAUGUGAAUAUCCUAAUAAAUCAGCAUCUCUUUGUAAUUGACGCAUUUGAAAUUCAAACCGGUCCCGAUGCCUUUCUGCCCGUUUAGACCCCUGCAUACAGGCACACACACACACAAAGAAACUAUAAUGAUUAAAUGUAUAUUUGAAUGUAUGUUUAUUUGCGUAGCUGUCUGUGCAUCUGUGUGUGUGCGUGCACAGUGCGCACUACGAAAAAAGUCAGGCUGCUAUUUUUGUUAUUAACCGCUCGACUCUCAACGCAAGUAGACAAGCAGUCGCAACGUUAGCAGCUCUUGGAGAGAGAGAGUCACAUAGAGAGAGAGAGGGAGAGUGCGCGCGCCUAAUUUGAAGAGAGAGAUUGAGUGAGAGUGUGUGUGUGUAAACGGGAGCAAACUAAAGAAACAUAUUAAAGGAAAAGCACAAGCACGCGCGUCAUUUGGAAAAACGUGCUAAAGCAAACCAAAUCGUACAAAGGCGGCUAUAUAAGAAGUUUAUAUAACUUAGCACACACACACGUAUAUAAAGUAAAAAUAAUGGCCAGCUCCAGUGAUUUAAAUGUAGUGGUGGAUGUUGUGAUUCCUGUUGUAUUUGUAAUUGCAAUAUUCGUUAUCAACGGUUUUGUGCUGCGCCUCAUAAUGCGUAAGCGUCGCGAAUACCAAAAUCUGCCACAGCAGCAGCAGCUGGAGGAGAAGCCCACAACAUCGGCGACAGCAGCAACAGCAGCAACAACCACAGAGUUGCAUCAAGUAACUGUUGAAGUAACUGUUGCAGGAGGAGCAAACGAUGAUGAUAGCUGUUCCAUUGAAAUGGAGCGACUGUAGCCAAAGUUGCUCACCUCUGCAACAUCCUGCAACAAAUACAGUUAGCCAUGUAGCUAUAAGAUACUCAAACUCAUGUGACCAGAAAACAUGCAACGAACUUUUGUAUUGUAUGUAUGCACUCGACUAAAGUGCAGUAAGCAGCAAAGCGAGCACCAAUAAAUUGUAUAAUAAAAAACGAAUCAAUAUAAAAAAGAAAAACAAACAACACCUAUACACAUGUCCAUGUAUGUGUCUCUGCUAUGUACAUAUGUGCAUAUGUAUUAGUUGCGUAUAUAUAUGUAUCUAUAAGAAGCACGUGCAUUUAAUUACUGUUUUAAGUUUGAUUUUUAAACUUUUGUACUGAGCCUCAAAAGCCUUUUACUAUCUUAAUACAAAUAUGCAAAUUUUUAUAUUAUAAUAAAAAGAUAGACAUUUUGCAACACGCAAAAGUUAUUUGAAAAAUCAAUAAAAUGUCUGGAAUUUAUUUUUACUUUUAUCGUCAGUUCACAAGUUGCAAUCGCCACGCAGUCAUAACAAUUAUAUCAAUUAUGUGCAAUAUAAGAAUAAAGUCCAAAAAAA